AUGACAGAAAUUGCUCAUGAGUUGCAUGCUGUUCUAAGAAGCAACCUGGCUGAUGUCCAUCACAUUGUACUGGUUCUGUCAGGGAAAGGUGGUGUUGGCAAAAGUACUAUCUCAACUGAAUUAGCUCUUGCUCUUCGCCAUGCUGGCAAAAAGGUUGGAAUCCUGGAUGUUGACCUUUGUGGCCCUAGCAUUCCUCGUAUGCUGAAUGCACAAAACAAAGAUGUUCAUCAGUGUGAUGCUGGCUGGGUUCCUGUCUUUGUGGACAAAGAGAAGACCAUCUCAUUAAUGUCUAUAGGAUUUCUUCUAGAAAACUCUGAUGAUGCUGUGGUAUGGAGAGGACCUAAGAAAAAUGCUUUGAUUAAACAGUUUGUCUGUGAUGUCGCCUGGGGAGAACUUGAUUUUCUGAUUGUGGACACACCACCUGGCACCUCAGAUGAGCAUAUUUCCGUGGUGGAGAAUCUACGGCAGUACAAUCCGGAUGGAGCAAUACUUGUUACAACGCCUCAGGCAGUGUCAGUUGGCGAUGUGAGGAGAGAGCUUACAUUCUGCAAGAAGACGGGCUUGCAUAUUCUAGGCAUUAUUGAAAACAUGAGUGGUUUUAUCUGCCCACAUUGCACUGAAUGUGCCAACAUAUUUUCCAAAGGAGGGGGAGAAGAGCUAGCUAAGCAAGCUGGUGUUCCAUUCCUGGGGUCUGUUCCAUUGGAUCCUCGACUUGCCCAGAGCCUGGAAGAAGGCAAAGAUUUUCUUAGCACUUUUCCUCAGAGUGCUGCCUUUGAGGCCAUCCAACAUAUAGCAGAGCAGAUUCUGAAUAACUCUGCAGUCAAUGUCUGAAAACCUGAGAAGAACAAAUGUAUCUUUCCUGAACACUCAUGACAGGACUGGAAAUUAAAGGUGGCAAGGCUUCCUGCUUCGUUCUCCCCAUUCAUGGUCAUAUUUGCAUAUUUUAAUCCAAGUACUGGUAUGCAGAUGCAGUGUGCUUGUUCAGGGCCAUAGACUGAACAUAAAAUAGUUUUAAGUUUCUUAGAGGUGUUUAGGUAGAUGUUCAUCGUGUUUCACUGUUGCAGUCAUGACUGUAGUUUUCUCCCCUGCCGGCGGUCGGCCAG